AUGUCGUCCCCGCAUUCGAUUAAGCGGCUGUUGGUCGCCAACAGAGGUGAAAUCGCCGUCCGCAUAUUCAAUGCUGCCAGGGAAUUACCUGAGUCUAUCGAGACAUUCGCUCUUUACACACCUGAUGACCGGUCUCACUGUGAUCUAGGGCACCCGCAACACGCAAUUGAAAUUCCCUCAGCUGCAUCCUAUCUAGAUAUCUCACUUCUUGUGGACCUUGCCCGACGGCACUCCAUUGAUGCGGUGCACCCAGGAUAUGGCUUCCUCAGCGAGAGCGCGGAGUUCGCGCACCGUAUGUGGACCGAUGCUGGGGCUGUGGUAAUCGGCCCAGGACCAGAGAACCUGGCGCGGACGGGCGACAAACUACAAGCAAAGCAGUUAGCUCAGCAAUGCGGCGUUCCGGUCUUGCAGGCCAUGAGCCAGCCAACAUCUCAGGUGGAAAAGGCGCACUCCUUCGCGAUGCAGGUUGGCUUUCCGGUGAUGAUUAAGGCGGUUGAUGGAGGGGGCGGACGAGGCAUUCGUCUUGUUCGGGAAGAAGGUGAACUAGAGAACAGUAUUCAGCGGGCAAUCGGCGAGUCCCCCUCUCGCACUGUAUUUGUCGAAAAGGCUGCUGUCGAUGGAUUCCAUCAUGUUGAGAUCCAAGUCAUCGGCGAUGGUACGGGCCAAGUACGACAUCUGUGGGAAAGGGAUUGCAGCGUGCAGCGACGAUUCCAGAAGGUGGUGGAAUGUGCACCUGCAUUGAUGAACGACAGGGCCUUGAUCGGCCGAGUGAUUGAUUCGGCCUUGAAGAUGGCUAGCGAGAUUCGCUAUCUGUCUUUGGGAACAUUCGAGUUUCUCGUCAGUGAAAGCAAGUCGAAAUUCUAUUUCUUGGAGGUCAACCCGCGGCUGCAAGUGGAACACACGAUCACCGAAUCUAUCAGCGGCAUUGACCUAGUUCAGACACAGCUCCUCCUCGCCCAAGGCUGGUCCUUCCAGGACCUUGGUUUGGGGUCAGAGGUCAACGCGUCAGCGCUCCCUCCCGCAAACAGUUUCUCUAUUCAGCUUCGACUCUGCGCCGAGGAUCCUGGCAACAACUUUGCAUUAAGCAUCGGCAAAGUCACCGAAUUUACCGUUCCCAGCGGCCAUGGGGUCCGGGUUGACACAAACAUCGAUGGCACCGGAGCCUCCCCGCUAAUAGUGGGCUCUAAUUUCGACAAUCUUCUCGCCAAGAUCAUCGUGACGGCGUCCUCCUGGGCCGCCACGGUUCGCAAAGCCCAGCGCGUGCUGGCGGACGCUCGUAUCGCCGGCGUGAAGACCAAUAUCAAUCUACUGCGGGGCAUCGUGGGGCACCCCGAUUUCAUGACAGGCCAUAUUGACACGCAAUGGCUAGGCAACCAACUUAAAGAGGUACACCAGCUGGGUGAGCGCAUCUCUCACAGUCUCCAGAGCCAAGCUGGACCCGCCGGCUCGGCGCCUCAGUCGAUCCCGUCAAGUGGGCUGCCAUCGUCAAACCUUUUAUUCCGCCGAGGGGACGCGUGGUCGAUUACGCUACAACCUCUCGACAACGGGAAGCCAGCCGGUGCGGCCCCCAUCGUGCACCAUCUGAAGCUAUCGCGCAUCCUGCGGAACGAGUUCCCCACUUCGUUGGCGGCAGAAAUCAUGUAUACUACGCCAGCGUCGACGACGGGCGUCUCGUAUCGUAUGCAGUUGGAUACGACCUCCACCGCGGCAUCAGCACUCAUGUCCUCGUCACAUCGACGAGGAGAUCCAAAUAACCCCAGCCACAUCAUCCUUCCCUUAUCGGGUAAAUUGAUGGAAAUUCUGGUUACGGAGGGGGAUCGCGUGGCUGAGAACCAGGUGUUGGCGUUUGUAAAGCAGAUGAAGAUGGAGCUAGAAGUGCGAAGCCCGCGCGCGGGAGUGGUCCAUUGGGUGCAUGAGAUGGAAGAUGACGAGGAAGAUGUGGCAGAGGGCAUGUUGCUGGUCGAAUUGAAGGCGCCGCACCAAGAAGCGGAUCAGGUGCGAGGGAAGCUAUGA